GAGAGAGCACAGGAGAGCAAGAAAAAGAAGCUAGAGCCGAGAGAACGAGAGAGUCGCAGGAGGAAGAGGGAGAAUGCACGGUGUCUGGGUAACACUUCCUCGCUUGUAUCCAGGGCCUUUGUGAAUACACCAUGGGAUGCAUCGGCUCCAGGACACUGACGGGAGAUGGCGUGCCAGUCCAGAAGGAUGGGGAGCAGGUAAGACCUCAGUAGUCCUUCUGGCUCACCCCUCUGGUGGACUUCCUCUGACUGUUUCCUCACCACCUGAGGAACCAACAUGGCUGUGGACUUAAGCUGCUACAUGAGGAGCUGCAGCAGCUCAACUCACUAACUCUCUGUCACUCAAGGUGCCAGUGCUUAUGCUCGUAGAUUAGUAAAGUAGCACAUGCAUCAUUUCAAUGUCAGUCGCUUAACUUCCACUUCACCUCCCCGCCCAUUUGAUGGGGUGGCGUAACUGGAAGACUGAACAAUACUGGUUCGGUUGGCAUAUUGCUGUUGCUAUGAUGUCCGUGGCUUGAUUUCCAUCUGACAGAGUCCCUGCUCAGUGCUGGUUCAAAGCAAAACAAGAAACACAUCACUCUCUGUUUCUCCAAAUUCUUACACACCAUUACUAUAUCCUUUUGCCUCUCUUCUCAUUUUCACUCAUUUCGUCUCCUCUCCUGCUGCUUUACUGAUCCUCUGCUCUAAAACGGAUCCCUGUGAGACAGGACACAAGAGAGGGAACCAUUUUGGAGGAACAUGUAGAGAACUCUACUUUUUCACCAAAUGCACCGUGGACAGAUUCCAUCCUUUAUUUAUGCAUCGUGCCCCAGAAUGCCCUUCAGUCCUACGGAGAGGAAAAAAACAACCACACACACGCACACACACACACAUCCGUGUUGUCGGGGCUAUUGGAAGUAACAGGAAAAGCUGCUUCAAGAGGCCCAGCUCUACUACUCAAGUGUGUUAAAUCUCUCGUCAGACCCACUCCCGUGGAGAGAGAGGAAGAAAGAAAGAGGGAGAGUCAAAGAACCAAGAAGUGGGAGCAACAAUAGAAUUACAAAGUGAAAGGAUUGAAGAAAAGAACAGGAAGAGGCUGAUAUCGAUGAACAUGAGUUAUCUGGAUAUAUGCUGUAUGAUGGAGAUGUUAAACACCGCGCCGGUGGUCACUCUCUCAUUAUGACAUUCAGCGUUAAAUAACCUGUUCUUUACAGUUAACAGCCUGUUGACCAGCGGUUAGUAACAAAGUAGCCUAUUUAUUCAAGCAUUGUUUUGAGGCAGGGUAGGGAGGGAAGGCCCAAACCCAAUGUUAAAGCUCAGAGUAAAAGUUUGACAUUUUGGGAAGUAUGCUCAUUCCCUUUCUUGCAGACAGUUACAUAAGAAGAUUGAUACCACUUAGCUUAGUAUAAAGACUGGAAACAGAGGGUAAUAGCCUGGCUUCAUCCAUAACAGCACACCUAAAGCUAACUAAUUAAUGUGCAGUUUAUCAUUUUUAUUAUUUAAUGUAGGGCAAAACAGGAAGAAGGUUAAUUAGAGAGCUUUGGAGGUGAUGGGAGGCGGAUGUUGUUACCUUUGGACAGAGUUAGGCUAGCUGUUUCCCCCUGUUUCCAGUGUUUGUGCUGAGCUAAGCUAACCAGCUGCUGGUUCCAGCUUAUUUACCAUACAAAAGAGAGUGAUACAUCAUCCAAUUCUAAGCAUUAAAAGUAUUCCUUUGAGUAAAGGAUCCGAGUACUUCUUCCAUCACUGCUGUUUACUUUGCAAUGUUUCAAAUGUAUAAAAAUGGAGACACUGCUGGGAAAAAUUAAUUCAAUUCUAAGAAAAAUACAGUUUGAGAGGAUUUAUGUGUGAUGAAUGUUGGGGUCAACAUUUUUUCCCCCAUAUUGUUUAUUUACUAAUUUAUUUCUGCUCUGCCUCGACUGUGCAGAUCGACAGGAAGGUGAAGACAUUUGAGCACAACCACCAACCCACCAGCGUCCCCAGUCCAGUUAGUGAUUGAGAGGAAUGGUGUGGCAGAGGCUGUUGCUUAUCUGCUUUGUUCCCAGCAUCUGCCCUCUCCGCUCUCUCUUUCUCUUACACACACAAACACACACACACACACACACACACACACACACACACACACACACACACACACACACACACACACACCCUCCACUUCCUCCUGAUAGCCCCAGUCCCCUGUAUGUCUGCAUCAUCAGAUACCGUUCGACACAGCACUGACAUCUCACUCGAUUUUGCGCUGGCUUUCAGUGUUUUUGGCAGCACACGUUACCAGAGAGGAGACUCAUUCAUCCGUAGCGUAUUCACUCUGCUAUACAUAACCAAGCAAAUAUACUGAUCCCUGUUUAAUUCCCCCCCCCUCCCUCCUUCUCCCUGUCAUUCCGGUCCUUCACUCUUGCCUUCUUCGUUCCUGGAAAAUCCUGUGUAUCUGUCUCUCUUCAUCCCCUCUCAUGUCUCUUAAUUUCUCUUCUUCUGCAUGUCCGAUGAGCAAUCCCUCUCCUUUCCAUCCUCUCUUCGUCUUCUCCCAUUUCCCUUCCAUGCAUGUCAAUGCUCUCUCUGUCCUGUCACUCUCUUACUCUUUCCCACUCCUUCUUUCCCCAUCCCUCCCUCUUCCUAUUUCUCUUCCUCAGCAUGGACGUUCAGAAUUUUCAUGGGAAGGAAUCAAUCUGUCUAUGGAAGACACCACGUCAAUCCUGCCUCGGCUCAAGAGGAACUCAAAUGCCUACGGCAUCGGGGCUCUGGCUAAGUCGUCUCUGUCAGGUGUGUCAGGAGUGAGCCGCACCAUGAAGGAGAGAGUGACCAAGCCCACAGCCUUGGCCCAUGGUCGCGUCGCUCACAUGAUUGAAUGGCAAAACUGGAGCAUGACCACGGUGGGUCCAGGGGGCGUCCCCCUGCCCCGCAUCACCACCCAGGAGCGGGAGAAGGAGCGGCGGAUGGAGAGCGACGCCUACAGUGACCUCAGUGAAGGAGAGAAGGAGGCUCGUUUCACUGCAGGUAUCCUGAAGCAGUUUGCGGUCUCGGAGGCGACACUCCUGGCCUGGACAUCGAUGGAUGGAGAGAGCACGCGGUCGGGCUCAAACCAGGGCAGUAUGGCUCAUCUGAGUGAGCUUAACCAGGAGAGCAUCAACAGUCGAGAUCAGAUAUUGCAUCACUCCUCAGCAGAGGUGUGGCCUCACACAUACGUCUCCCAGGGCCACUACUGCCUCUCCUCCUCCGAUGCCUGGGAGCCGAUCACCAACGAUCCGUCCGUCAUGACGACUCCCCCUACUGGCUCCUAUGUUGUGGGGACCGAUGGGUAUGAUGGGCAGGCAGCGGCUUGCUUCCUGUCGCAGCAACAGCAGCAGCAGCAGCAGCAGUUCACUCUCCAGCAGCAGAAUCAACUACAACAGCUGCAGCAGAUCCAACAGAUCCAGCACUACCAGCAACAGCAGCUCCUGCAGUAUCAGCAACAACAGUCGCUGGAGCACAGGCUGCACAGUGCCAACCAGUCUUUGCAAGCGACGCCCAACAGCACCAUCCACAGCCUGAUCCAUUCGGCUCACCCACCGUUGGUCGAUCUGUGGAACACGGGGCAGAUGGAGGCCUAUCAGACGGACGCCGGAGGCUACAUCGGCGUGGCGGCGGUCGUGGAGCCGAGCCUCUGUGUUCCCUCCACAGAAGAUAUGGGAACAGAGCACUCUCCGCUACUGGAGCAGCAGGAGGAGGAGGAGGAGAUAAAGGAGGAUGAGAUAACACUGUGCAUGGAGCCAGAGUUCACCUCGUUGACUCCGCCCACGCAACAAGGGGACGCCUCUGGUGGCAGUAGUCCGGGGCAACCGCCGGCAGAGCCAAUCACAGAGCGGAAGUCCUCCGAUGUCACCUCCAGCCUCCUUCAGACACUAGAGGAUAAGGAAGAGGCGGAGGGGCAGGGUCCUGCCUCUUCCAUGGCAACCAACUGAGUACUUGGAUGUCAAUAGACAACUUAUUACAAACUGACCGGAGAGUCAGCGAGGAAUGAGCGUAAUAAUACAAUAUAUAUCUAUUAAUCUGUUACUUUUCAGGUAUCAAAAACACAACUUUUUGGUUGCGAGAUGAAUUGGUGAGAGUUAGAUUUGGAGAUGGACUCACAAUGAGAGAGGAGCUGAUGCAACAAAGGACACCUAUUUUAUUUGUAAGCCUUACACCCCAAAGGUAUAAUUGAAGGGAGGAGUGAGUACGGAGAAACUGAAGAGGAGGAGGAGCAGGAGGAAGGGGAGCACUGACUGACUGAGACAUUUCCACCAGGAAAAUGAAACCACGUUGAGAUGAAGAGGAGGGGAAAGGAAACAUGCAUGCUUUUUAUGACGACAAGCAACAUGACCCUGUCAUCGCUUAUAGUAAUAAUGAAAAUCUAUCAUAAUGAAACAUUAUAAUAAGAAUAAUUUUGUAAAAAAGCAAAAAAAGAACAAAUCUAUGUAUAAGUGUAUGAUAAGAUAUAACAGUUUUCCAAACGGGAGAACAACUCUGUUUACAGCUGUUACUCAACAUAUUAGAUAGUGCUUAAUCAAAUUAUUGUCCCUGUUGCAUCGAACACAUACAGUAUACUUUAAAAACUGGCAACCCAAACAAAGUGUAAUUCAAAGUAGAAAAUGUCAGCAUUUCAGUGACAUGCAGAUGAACCCUCCAAAAUAAAUACUUCUAUCAUGUUUGUGGCACCAAGAUGCCCGAGGCACAACCCAGGGACAGGCCUGUCCUGCUGACUGCACACACUAAACUGCACAGAUAAGGAUUGUACUGUAAGAUAGUGUGCUUCCUACUGUCUCUCUGUAUGCAUGUUUCUUCAGAGCACUAUGGAGUACCUGUACUAUACUGCACUGUAUAGACUUUGCACUGAACCAUAGUAUCCCAGGUGGGGCAACAGUGGGCCUGCGGUGAGUUUCAUGACGGAGAAAUAAAGACAAAGCUGCAUAAGCGAUUCUCUUUUGCACUGAUGCAAUCCAACAGAUCAGAGGUUGCCUUUGGACUGUUGACAUUACCCAGUUCCCACUCUGACAACCAAAACCGAGCCACUUGACAACACAAACCCUCAGCUGCUUCUUUUUCCAUAGACAUACGUAGUCGAGGAUGCUAAUCACUAUUUGAAUGUACUGGGAAGACACAUGGCAGUACAUGAGCGUUAGUUUUUGAUGUCUCCUCGCGGUCCACAUGGGAGAGAGUCUUUCUUAUGAAACAAACGAGUCUUUCAAACGUGUGCGAGGAUGCUGUUGAAAACGGAUUCACUGCUGGCUCCACCACGACACGCACGCACACACAAACACAUACACACACACACACACACAAAUAUCUAAAUUGUAACCAGCAAUAGACAGACAACACAUUGGCUUCCCAACAGACCAGUGUCAGCUCUGUCGUAUAGAUGUAAAUAGUCGAAGUAUAUAAAAAUCGCCUCUCAAUCACAGUCACAGCUGUUCUAGUACAGUAUGAUUUCUUUAUUUUUUUACACCUCUCAGUCCCUUUUAAGCUUACGAUUCAGGCCUGGAUUUAGUUUUUUUUUUUUUUUUUACCACUACACAAAGGCAAAUGAAAUGGAGGAACGUUUGUGUUUUAAACAGAGCAAGAGUGUUUUAUCCGGCGAGUCCAUCAGUGAGGGAAACAAAGACGGACCGUAGAAGGUCCGAGUUCACGGGAUGAAAUUACAGCCUGUGUGCCGCUCAAUCAGCCAAUCAGGGAAUAGAACAGAAGACUGGGAUUGAAGACUUGAGCCGAAUAGAUCAGUGUCUUCCUGCUCAUUGAGAUUACUGUGAAGCAGCUGCCUGCAGUGUGAUAGUGAUUCUAAUGAUGUUUGAGGAAGCAUGUUGCCAUUAGUUUCUUUCUUUUUCUGUCUUUCACCUGAGAAAGAAUGCGUGUUUUCCAGCGAGGACGUUAAGCAGACAGUGAAGACUUUCUGUGCGUGGCUCACUUGAUGAACUUUAUAAACAACACACAACCGCAGAUUUCAUCUUUUUUUGUUCUCCAUUGGGGAGCACCCUCUCCUCUCACUUUGAUGAUUGUGUGAGCAACUUUUAAGAGGAACAAAAAAAAAAAAAAGAAAGCGGUUUAUUGACUGGAAUUAAUUUAUUUGUUGACUGCUUCUUUAUGUACUGUUGGGGACAAUGUUUAUUUUUCUACUGACUUGUUGAAAUCCCUUCCAGCAUAAGUUAGAAUACUUGUCAUGGUUGUAAAGUCGUCUUGUUUGUCUGGUUUUGAGCACAUUACACCAAGAAAAACAUACCUUAAGGGAUUAGAGAUGGAUAGUUUGGCAGCUCUCAAUUAUUAACAAA